GUGUAGAAGCCCGCUAGCAAAAAACGCCAUGUUUUUGCCAGUCGGUAUUAAACGAAGCGAAUUUUGCUGACAUAUAUCCGUCGCAAACUGCACACUUUAAUUUAAACGUAAACACUUAGUCUGUAUCAUUAUCCAGCGUCUUUAUAAUGCCCGGCCUGGGUGUAUUUCACAUAAUUUUCAGAGCAUUGUGAAGCGCGAGGGCCACCCGAGAUCCAAUGGUAUCAUGCAGAAGGUGGACUUGUAUGAGGCAGUGAAGCUAAAAGAGGAGGUGGAGCGAGGCUACAACCAGGUUGGAGUACAUGUACUUUCCCCCAACAAGCGAAAGCGCAAAAGUCAGGAAGACGGUGAUGUGAAACCAAAGAAGCCCAGGUCUGCCUACCUGCUCUACUACUUCGAUGUUCAUCAGAUUAUGCAACAAGAGAGGCCCAAUCAGCCACAGUCGGAGAUCAACAAACGAAUCAGUGAGAGCUGGAAAAGGCUCAGCGUGGCAGAGAAGCGCUACUAUCUGCAGAAGGCCAACUCGGAGAAGGAUGGCACUGAUACAUUGUCUCUCAGUCCAACCAGAGACCUACCAGGCUUCCGUAAGAUCCUGCCAAGAGCCAGUUACCUUGUCCUGACCGAGUAUCCCCAGGCGGGAGGUUCUCUGGCAGAUUGUCACAUUCAUCCUGUUGAUGGAAAUGUGUCCUUUCCCAGUCACACUCAUGAGUCAAAAGAGGCUCAGACGAGUGGCUUGGCCUGCCAAGCAGAUGUUUCUCAGAGCUCUCUGGGUCACAUUGGAAAAGACAUUGGAGAAGCAUCAUAUUCCACUGCAAUCCGAGGAAGCACAUCCUGCUCUUCUUCAUUGACUACACCUACGUCUCCAACUUCCAAAGAUGUUCCUUACUUGCGGAGCCCUGUGGAUAGUUUAGAAAAUUGCGUUGGAAAGAUGAAAGAUGCUUCUGAUGUGAAAAGCGAGGUAACAAUGCAUCAAACCCAAGGGGAAAUGGCACAGAUGGUUGCCAUCAUUCCCAACCAGAAACUCAUUGAGGCCAAGUCCUUGACAAGGGUAAACUCUUUGGGCGCUGUAAUGAUGGUCCCUGUGGCAGCCAAAGAAGAGCAAAAUACUGGAUUGCCGCCAUACAAGAUGGCUAUAAAGACAUACACCAGAAGAGGACGUGGGCGGUGUCCCAAUCCUCAAUGUUCAUUUGUGUAUGUCACUCGCCACAAGCCAACAAAAUGCCCUGACUGUGGAACCCACCUUGGUGGCAAAUGGAUACCUGCGGCAAAAACAAAACAGCAAAAAGAUGUAGCCGUUGCCACGGUGGUGUCUGAAGCAAAGUCUUUUCCAAGCUGCCAAGGCACAACGCAGGAGGGGAAUGCUGAUGUUCGUAAAACCAAACCCAGUGAGAGCAAAAAAGAAGGCCAAAGGUGCUUGAGAAAAAUAAAACCAGCUCCAAGUGCUGAGCCAGCAGAGGGCAGCAUUUCGUCACCAGAGAAAACAUUAUGCGUGUCCAUGGAGCCUCUCAUAAGCCACAUGAAAAAAAUAACACUCAAAGGGCAAAGCAUGUGCGAUGUUCAAAGAAGGCCUGUAAGACCCAUCUUACCUUCCUGUUAUAGCCCAGGUCCUGCUUUGUUCCAGGUCAUCGCUGUUCCAACAGUGAACGGAACAUCUUCAACACAAAACAACAAUCCAUCUACUGAGUCACAAGACAGAUUCGUGGGUCUUAAAGCUGGUACCUUAAAACAGCUCGGCCAGCAAGUUCAAUCCAAGCAGGAUUCUCCUGUCACAAUGAAUCAGCCUGUUUCUUCCCCGUCUGAUAAAAGCAUGACCAUUGUGUCAGUUGUUCCUAUCAAUCAUGUGACAGUUGACAACUUUGACCUUGGACUGUCAACAUUGAGAGGCCGAGGUCGCUGUAAGAACACAUUCUGUGACUACAUGUAUAAGAACAGACACAAACCACACGUGUGCCCUAAAUGUGGUUGUGAGCUGCCCAAGGGGAAGCCUAAAGCAACCGAGAAGUUGAAUCGAUCGGUCGAUCCAUACCAGCCCUUAAGUCCUUUUGAGAAAGACAUCCAACGGCAAUCCACCCUGCAGCUGAUUCGCCAUUCCCUGCAGAUUCCAGAGAGUGAGGCUGAGCUCCAGAAAACGCUUGACCUUAUCCAGGAUCUGAACAGUCUUCAAAUUGUCUUGGUCCAACCGGGGGAGCAAAAUGACGAUGGGACGAUUGAGACUGAGACCCUGGUGCAAUCUGGGUGGCCUCAAUUCUAUGAAUCUUCAGCCACUCAAUGUGGUCUAUGUAAAAAGCCCCUCUACAAAGGAGAUCAGAGCACCAUCGCAGGACAGGAGGACUGCUGGCUGAUUACUGAGAUGCUGAUCCAGGCGGCUUCUCUGCAGCUUAAAGUGUGUCUCAGUGCCAAGUGUCUGGCUCUGCACAGCUUCACUGACCUGCAUCCAGGGUUGUUCAACAUUGGAAACAGACUACUGGUUAGUAUUGAUCUAUUGCUGAAGAUCAGAGGCAAAAUCAGACUGCGCCACCCGCCCUCUCAGGCUGUCAGGACAUUAUUUGACCAUGUCCCCAACCACCCCGUCCAUUCGCUGAGUCCAGAGGAGACGUCCCAAAUUCAAGAUUUUCUCCUGUUAGGCUAUUGGGCCUUUGAGAGCCUUACAUUGCGAGACUAUAAUGAUAUGAUCUGUGGCGUUUGUGGUGUCGCUCCCAUGUUAGAGAUUGCCGGGCGACACACAAACAAUGUGCUGGAGCUCAGGAAUGUGGAGUUCAUCUGGCCUGAGUCUUCAGUGUCAGAUGAAGUGCACGUGGAUGACUUCUGGCUGACCAUGGAGACUGAAGCAAUUGAGCAGGCUGCGUUCCCUAUGGACAUUCCCAUCACGCGGGUGGAUGCUUCAAUUAUUGCACCCUUCAUCCCCCCGCUGAUGAGGAACAGUUCUGUUAUCAACACUGAGAAGGACAAGGUCUUGUCACCAACACAACAGCUGCCAGGAGCCCCUUCAGUUUUGGUCCGGCUCAUUCACAAUCGUGAGUUGAGGCUCGACAAGAUUAAAGACUACAGUGAGGAUGAACUAAGAAGUAUUUUGGAGCGCUGUGGGGUGAGCAUCACUUCAGGCUCCAGCAAGAAGGACCUGCUGACUGCUCUGAUCUCCAUGUGCAAGCUUGUUCACAGCGGCCUCCCUACAGGCCCCCAGCCCCCUCAACACCUCACUGCCGGCAAACUGUCCAAGGUUUGCCCCCAUCAGGUUGUGUGCGGUUCUAAGUAUUUGGUGAGAGGAGAGACGGCCCGGGACCACGUAGAUCUGCUGGUGUCCUCCCGGUAUUGGCCCCCAGUCUAUGUUGGUGACUGCGCUCGACAAGUGGCUCUUUGUACGGACAUGCAGUACCCAGAAAUGGCUGACAGGAUGUGGGGCAGGAAUCAAGGUUGCUUUUCCGAGCCUUUUGAUAAGCCAGAGUUCGUGUCAUGCCCCGAGCUGCAGGAGAAGCCAUACAAUGCCGAUCUUUCUACGUUGGGGGAAAACCAGCACGUUCACCCCCACACAAAGUCAUCUUCUUGUUGGUUGGUGCAUCCUCCUGUGAGUCACAAGCCUCCUGUUUUGGAACACCAUUCCAUGACCUUGUGCAAAGAUCUGCAGCACCUCGUUUGCACGGUGACUCAAAUCGUGAAGGAGGAAGGUGAAAAACAAGGCGAUCCGAGUUCACUCAACCCGACGAGGACACAGCAGGUGUUUUUCAACAACCCGGCGCAUUACUACCUCUACAAUCGCCUGCUGGAUUUCCUCUCAAGUCGAGACAUUGUGAAUGAGCAGAUCAGCCAAGUGGUGAAGUUGUGCCAGCCCGGAGAGGUCGUCAUCCGGGAUGCGUUGUACCGGCUCGGGGUGGCAAACGUCAACCUGGAGAGGGAAGAAGACAAGAAAAGUGUUGCGGAGGAACUGAAACAGGGGACAAUGACAGCCUAUGGUGUCGUCGUGCCUCAGUGAAAGCAGUCAGAAAGCAACUUUUGUGGCUGAAUGUGGAAACUACUCACAAAUAGUUGUAGGGGAAAUUCCGGGAUGAACCUAAAAUGAUCAUUGACGGUGAUGGAGUUCAAAAACGACAUUCUCAGAGGGAAAUGAUUGAACUUUCUUUUUCGCGUGGUGUCAUUGGCAGGUUGCAACACAAAGACUGGAAGAGUCCUGGAAGUGCACGUUCUUUAACUCUGAAUUAAUACAAAAGUGUGUUUAUCUAUUUUAGUGACAGUUGUGAACUGACUAAACACUUGCGGUCUUUGAAGCAUUCACUACAACUUCACAAAAUUCUACCAAAAAAGUGUACCAGAAAUAUAAGUCAAUAAGUUACUUAUCAGAUUAUAAUAAUGGACAAAAGACGUUUUAUGUUUCAUGAAACAAUGACAUGUGAACAUGUGAACUGAAGCAAUGAACUUAUCUAGACAUUAUAUAAAUAAAUAUCUAAAGUACAUGUACAUACACGGUAUAUAAGGCCUACUAUCCAAUUGAAAAGAAACAAUGGUUGUUUUUUUUAUUAUUAUUUAUUUCCCCCGGCCUUUGCGAUUUGAAAAUUGCAUUCUAUGUACAUCGUCUUGUCGAAUUAAGAUCCUUAAAUUGUCCAGCCCAAAUAGCAAGCAAUGCAAAAAGUAUUGAAUCAUUGAAGUUGGACCUUCAACAUAAAAGGUCAAAUCUUGACACUCACUGACUUUGCAUGAAGACGUUCGCCGUAAAUUGAUGCAUUUUCACCAGUUUUAAACAGCGAAAGUUUUCUUAAUAUUUGUCACAGGAAAAAACAAAUACAGUACUCAUAUCACUGGAGUCAAGAACUGUCCGGUAAUGCUGGUGUCCUGUCAAUUACAUUUUCAAAUGUUAUGCAAUUAGCCAUUAAAUAAAUGCACACGUAAUUUUCCUUGUUUUCUAUUUAGUUUGACUGUAAACCUCACCUGGGAGUGACUAUAAAGAUCUUGAAGUGUCUUUUGUUGUUGUUGUUAUUGUUGUGUUUGCAAAAGUAUUGCUACUGUGACGUAAGUUGAGUUCACUGAUUCCACACAAUAUUGUAAAUUUGAGCGUACAAGGUAAAGAGAAAAAAAAUUGGCAGGAUGACACGUAUCCAGACACACUCGUAUCUCAAGGCACCGCUGUACAGAUCAUCUUAUAAUGGCUGCGUUGUGUAUGGUGAGGGCACUCCAGACUUAUAAUAUGUUUAAAAGUCUGUGUUAGAAUAGAUUCAAAAAACUUUGAUCACAAAUUGUGAGUAAUGUGUUGAACAAUAAACUCAGAACUGUUCAAAUUGCGUUCCUUUAAAAUGGUAGUAAUAUGCACGGUAUCGUUACACACUUGUAGACUUGGGCCCCCUGUCUCCUUAUCUUAAGUCAACAGUCUCAAACUUGGGCCUUAAACUGGACAGUGAUUUCAUACUCGAUCGGCAAAUUGGUGCCAUUGUUCAAUCCAGCUUCUUUCACCUUAGACAGCUGGCCAAAAUAAAACCUUUCCUCUCACAUGAACACUUUGAGAAAGUAAUCCAUGCCUUUGUCACAUCCCGGCUGGAUUACUGCAAUGCCCUGUACUUUGGAGUCAGCCAGUCCUCCAUUAAGCGCCUUCAGCUGGUCCAGAAUGCCGCUGCUCGCCUCUUGACUGGUACUCGUAAGAGGGAGCACAUAACUCCUACUCUGGCAUCCCUUCACUGGCUCCCCAUUCAUUUUAGAGUUAUUUUCAAGAUCCUCCUCUUUGUUUUCAAAUCUCUGAAUAAUCUCGCGCCACCUUACCUUUCUGAGCUCAUCCGCCCCUACACACCUGCCCGGCGCCUCAGGUCUGUGGACCAGACAUUAUUAGAAGUACCAAGAACUAAACUGAGGCUCAGAAGGGAUCGAGCCUUUUCUGUUGCUGGUCCCUCUCUCUGGAAUGACCUCCCACUGAACAUUCGGCAAGCCUCCUCGCUGCCCAUCUUCAAAACCCUCCUCAAAACUCACUUGUAUUCUUAGGCAUUCGACUCAGCAUGAAGAUUUGUUCUUGAUUUUACUGUUUGGUGUUUCUACCGCCUUUUAUUACCGAUUUGUCUUACUGUUUAUUGUGAAUGUUAAAUUGCUCCAUGUACAGCACUUUGUAUGCAGCGAUGGCUGGUUGAAAGUGCUCUAUAAAUACUCUUGACUUGA